CGUUUUAUGCUUACGUCGAUUGAUACUCUUUACUUACCUCGAUCUUACGACAUGCAUUGAUUGCUCUUUCGCCCCAUGAGACAUGUUAUACCCGCUAUCCUUCGGGCUACAUUUCUGCCAAUUCGAAGGAAAAUCAAUCGGCCUGGAGCACAGCAGCACAUGGAUGCUAUAGGUUGUGCUGAGGGUGCCAGUGGAAGCGCUAAAAUAUCAAAAACCUAAACCGAACAUAAGCGCUCGCACGAUGACUGAGCACAGUGACCAUGCUCAACGGAGUCAACGCCACUGUUCUCAUAGCCAUCCUCAUGGCUCUCCCCAAGUCCACGAGGAUCAACACAAUUUCAAAGAAUUUAACAAGAAUUAUUUUGAUGAGCAUGGUCAUCGUUACAAUGAUCAUCCCAACGCGCAUGAGCUAGCUCGGCGACUUGGAGCAGCCAUGAUCAAAGCUUAUCCAUUCGAGGAGGACUCAACAUUGGUUCUAGACUAUGCUUGUGGCACAGGUUUAGUCUCCAAAAAACUCGCUGCCCAUGUCAAAUGCAUCGUGGGCGUGGACAUCAGCCAGAGCAUGGUUGACCAGUACAAUCAGAGCGUCUUAAAUCAGGGUAUACCACCCGAGGAGAUGAGGGCUGUGUGCUGUGACCUCACUGCUGCCCCAAAUCAACUGGAUGGAAUGAAAUUUGAUGUGGUUGUGUGUGCAUCGUCGUAUCACCAUUUCCCUUCUAUUGAAGAUGUCACGAAGGCUCUUGUAUCAUACCUGAAACCAGGGGGUUCGCUCUUGGUCGCUGAUUUAAUGAAACCAUCUGCAGAAUCUGCACAGGCGUUGGCGGCCUUGUUUCCCACUGGAGCACAUAAUAUUGUCGCGCACAAGGGUGGAUUUGAGGAGGCAGACAUCAAAGCCGUGUUUGAGGGUGCUGGACUGAUCAACUUUUCAUUUGUAACAGCCUGCAAGGCGAAGCAACAUGGACACCCUGCCGAGCUCUUCUUAGCUUCUGGGAUCAAGGAAGUCAAUGAAGAGGCAUAAUGGUAGAUUACUCCA